UAUCCCUACUCAUUUCAAAUUUCAAGCACAGAAAUGCAUAUUGUUGUGUUUUCGAAGUGGCGGUUAACGGUUAUUUGAAAUUGAAACUUCAUUCUCAUAGUUUAAUUAUUUUACUAUUCAAAUUUUUGAACUAAGUGUAAACAUCAUGUUUGAUUUCGAAUAAAAUCCUACAGUGAUUCUAGUGAUCGCAAAAGAUAAAAAGAACUAUGUCUCUCUCAAUAUCUAACACUCCUAAAAUUUCAAGUACUGCAAAAAGAAUCAACAGGAUAAAUAAUCAUGGAUUUGCAGCACCUUCAACUCCAAGAACACCACUUAUGACACCCAAAAUUACUUCGAAAAAUAUGAAUAUUGUGGGAACUCCAGAAUGUUUCAGUAGUGUAGUAUUUGAAACUCCUAAAACAGUAAAAUUAAAAUCCAGAACUAGUCAAGAAAUUGAAAGUGGAAAUGUAGAUUUAGAAUUAAGUAAUUUAUCUGUUGCUGUUAGAGUUCGUCCCAUGAAUUCAAGAGAGUUGGCAUAUAUUGGUGCUAAUAGUGUUGUAACCGUUGAAAACAAUAAUCUUCAUGUGAAGUCUAGUCCUACAGGAAAUUCAGGAGUUUGCUUAGAUCAUUUGUUCCAAUAUGAUCAUAUAUUCUGGUCCUGUGAUGAAAACGAUUCCACCUAUUCUUCUCAAAAAGAUGUAUUUAGUUGCCUGGGAGUACCAUUAUUAGAAUCUGCAUUCAAAGGUUAUAAUGCAUGCCUAUUUGCUUAUGGCCAAACGGGAUCUGGUAAAAGUUUCAGUAUGAUGGGUAGGAAUGAAGCAGAUAUAGAAUCUGAGGAAUUUUCUGGUAUAAUUCCUAGGUUUUGUAGGGAUUUAUUCAAUCGUAUCAGUAAUUUACCUGAUAAUUGUACUGCCACACUUGAUGUAAGCUACUUUGAAAUUUAUAAUGAAAAAAUCCAUGAUUUAUUAUUGGUUUCUGAUUCAUCUAACAAAAUAGCUUUAAAAGUGAGAGAGCACCCCACUUUUGGACCUUAUGUAGAAAAUUUAAGUGUAAACUCUGUAAAAACAUAUAAUGAACUAAGGAAUUGGUUAUUAAUAGGAAAUAGAAACCGUGCCACAGCUGCAACAAGUAUGAAUGAAAAAUCUUCAAGGUCACAUAGUAUAUUUACAAUUGAACUUUGUUUAACCGAUGGUUCUAAUGACAGUCUGUGUGAGGGAGGUGGUAGUAGAAGAAGUAGAGUCAGCUUGGUGGAUUUAGCUGGAAGUGAAAGAUUAAACAAUUCACAUAAUGAAGAAAAGAUUCGUCAGGGUGUGAGCAUAAAUAAAUCUCUCAUGACUUUAGGAAAAGUAAUUUCUUCAUUAGCUGAUCAAAGAAGAGGCCAAUUUGUACCUUAUAGGGAUUCAGUUUUGACUUGGCUUUUACGAGAAAGCUUAGGUGGCAAUUCUAUGACUACGAUGUUGGCCACUAUAACUCCAUCGAAUUUUCAUGUCGAUGAGACUUUAGCCACUCUCAGGUAUGCUUGUCAAGCAAGGUCUAUAGUUAACAGAGCGAGAAUCAAUGAAAAUCCUCAUGAAAAGUUGAUUAGAGAAUUGAGGACGGAAGUUUCAAGACUGAGAUCUUUAAAACUAAAUUUUGAACAUACUUCAUUGUAUGGAAAUACUUCUUCACAAUAUAAUAUAAGUAACACUAGUGAAUGUGAGGAAUUGGAUGAACUGAGAAACAAACUAAAUGAAACAGAAAAUAAACUAUCUGAAGCUGAAACAACUUGGAGAAAAAGAUUUGAAGAAAACAAUGCUGCGCGCCUUAGAGAAUUGGCAGUAGUUGAGAAGCGAAAAGAAGAAUUGGAAUCAAGAAUGAGGAUUAUGAAGUACUCUGAAAAAUCGGUUCAUUUAUCGCCUUAUCGAACAAAUUUUCUAGAAGAGCUAGAGGGUGUUCUAGAUGAAGAAAGCAAUAUUGAAUCAGAUCAUAAUUUUGAAAUCAUAACAGAGUGGUGCAAGAAGAAUGGAGUCAAUUACUCAAUUUCACGAAAUGCUCUUUUAUUGAUUGAUUAUAAAAACAAUAAACAGACUAUAGUGACAUGUGCUGAUUUGGGUUUGUUAGAAAAGUACAAAGAUGUUGGAGAUUUUUUAACCAAUUUGACAUGGACUAUUAACAAAACUUCGAAACGACUGACAAAAGCAGAUAUUACGAAAUCAAUGAAUGCAUUGUAUAAAGUACUCUCAGAUAUACAACCUCCAGAAAAUGAUCAAGAUUUGAAUAUAUUGUAUGCUAAAAUGAGCAAAGCCGUGCAGAAAUAUGAAACUGCCCUUUUAUAUGAAGUUGUAGAAAGAAAAGAACCAAAAAAUGUUAAAUUUAACAUGUAAUAACAUAUUGUAACAUAUUUAAUGAAUAUUUUUAACUCGAUAUAUGGAAUUGUAACUUUUUAUUUUCCAUUGAUAUACAUAUUAUUGUUCCUAUUUAUUUUUAAUUUCAGAUUGCUUUUUAUGUUCAUUAAUAAAUUAAAUU